GAUUAAUACUGCCACACAAAUCGCUUGGCUUUUAUUCUUCUGUUCUGUACUCUUGGCCGAUGCGGCACCACGAAUAACGCUGCGCGGUGUCAAGGCCCUCCCUUACAGUGGCCACACAGCGGUGGAGGAAAUUUCAUUUCCCUUCUGCGCCGAGGGACACACAAAAGAGUCAACAGAGAGGGCACCAGCUGCUGAUGGGGCGGGACGACACCCACCUUUUGGCAAAUGAGUCCGCCAGAUGCAUCCGCAUACCUGCUUUGCCAUUAGCUUCCUCUUUCUCACCUUGCACCUUUGUACCCAAGGUGAGCAACGUGAGCGCCAGCGCGAAGACCCAGAGGCUUCAUCGCAACCGGCGAAGACCCUUUGAGUAAACAGAAGGAUUUAGGGUUGGAAGACGUGGAAUUUCUCGUCUCCAUGAUCCAGUCAAGGGAGGAGUCGGAGGCAUCGGGUGGUGACAAGGCAACCAGCGUUCCCGACCUCACGCACGGAAUAUUUGAGCGGCGAUACAGCGAGGAACACAGCCGUCUGUACGAAAAACCAACGGCGAAUGCGGAGAAUGACGGUGGCUCGCUCACUGACGAGGGCCUGGAUGAUGAGGUCGAGGAAGAGAAUGUACAGACGGGAAAAGAGGACGUGGCGGGAAACAGGACGAUGCUCACGAAGAGUAUCUCCAUGGCCUCUCUGACAACGGCACAAUUAAAAAUGGGAACACUGAACACAGCCAAGUCAAUGGAAGGAGGCAAAAGACUAAGGGUUAAAUGGUCAAAUGUGUACGUGACGCUGCAUGAGUCGGGCUUGACUUUCAGGAAGUCCUCAAGCGCGAAGAAAACUGCCCAAGAGGAGAUCAGCCUCCUGGGAGCUCAGCUGCAAAGAGCGACAGACAAGGAAUACAGGAAGAGAAACGUCAUCCAGCUCACCACGGCGGAGAGCGACUGCUACCUGCUGCAGUCGGACAUAGACGUGAACAUCGCCCAGUGGUACGAGCACAUCCACGAGGCGAUAGAGGCACAGGCCUGUCAGAGUCCCACAGGUGAACGCAUUUACAAGAAUGUCAUCAUCGACGGACUGGGCCCUACAAAGCCUGCAGGCUGCCCACGCGAAGAAAGAACACCACCAGCCAGAAGCAGAACCGAACCGUCGAUGGACAGGACGAACAUACGGGAGAUGCUUCGGAAGCUCAUUUUGAAGAGGCCUCCCAGGCAAUAUUUGAGGGACAGAGGCAUCAUAAAAGACCAAGUGUUUGGCUGCCCCCUGCAGUCGCUGUGCGCGCGCGAAGCGUCCACCGUCCCUGCGUUCGUCAGGCUCUGCGUGCAAGAAGUGGAUAAGAGAGGCCUGCAGGUCGAUGGCAUCUACAGACUGAGUGGGAACCUCGCCUCAGUGCAAAAGCUGCGAUACGCCAUCGACCGAGAGGAUAAACUGGACCUCGGCACGGACAGCCCGUGGGCGGACAUUCACGUCGUCUCCGGCGCCCUCAAGUUGUUUUUCCGAGAGCUGCCGGAGUCGCUCAUCCCGCAGAAGAACUUUGGGGAUUUCGUGAAGGCCCUCGGAAUGAAUAACUGUCAAGCAAGGACAUAUGCCAUUGGAGAGUUGAUAAACUCCCUCGCUGGACCACAUCUGGAGACCAUGAAGUUCCUCUUUGGGCACCUUAAACGAGUGGCGAAGCAUCGGGAUGCGAAUCGGAUGUCGGUGGAGAAUCUGGCGAUCGUGUUCGGGCCAACGUUGCUCCGCUCAGAGAUGAACAGUCCCCAGUCGGCGAUGAACGACAUGCCUCACCAAGCCCAGGUGCUGGAGUUCAUCCUCGGGCAGUUCAGCACUUUAUUCCCGGAAUAAUUAUUUUUAAAAGGAGUCGUGCCCCGGUUGACGUCGUGUAGGGGUGGGGGGGGGGGUGUUCCUGAAUGGUGUCACGACGAAUACCACGACGGGGUAACUCGACAAAGCGAUGCACGCGAUAGGCGGAGGCGUGAGCCGACGCGAGAAAGGACGGGCGACGAUGCUCUCGGCGACGUGAGUGCGCUGCGGGGGUCGAGGCCGAUGCAAGUCAAGCUGGCGGCGGUGUCAACCGAAGGGACGACGUAAAGUAUUUGGGAAACGACGUAUAAAAGGUGGGGGGGGGGGGGCAACAAGACCUAAAGCGUGGUAUUACUGUACAACGAGCCAACGUCGUGAGGUCACCGAACCGCUCUUCGACACCCCCCAUCUCCCCCCCCCCAAAAAUAAAAGAGGAGAAGCGUCAGCGACGCGCGUGCGGAUUCGCGCCUCUCAAACGACCGCGGCCGUUGUCCAACGUGGAGCAGAAAAUGAAAACCGCCUCCUCGGCCCAGCGGCAGGUGCAGCAGGCGUCAGCCCGGUUCAUCCACGGUUCAUCCACGGUUCAUCCAUGGUUCAUCCACGGUUCAUCCACGGUUCAUCCACGGUGCCCACUGUGGAUGAACCCGUCGCUCGCGCCUGCCCGCCAGAGCUGGCCGUGGCCCGACGAUUGUCGACUCAAACAUUGCAGUCGGCUAUUUACUGGGGGGGGGGGCUUUUAAGAAUGGGGUUAGCCCCGAACCACCCCCCGAAGGUGGGAACCCCCCCCCCCACCCCUACAGGCCACGGGCCAACGUGGCGCGAAUGACAGUGAUGCCACCAAGCUGCACCCAUCGCCUCCCCGUCCAGCGGCACGCGCGGCAACAGAAGCGAGACUUGUUGUCGUGUUCGCCGAUUGGCGGAGCGAUCGAUCCGACAGUAAUAAUUAUCGGUCGGGCAGUCCGGAUAAUUUAAUAACUGGAGAGCCCAGCUAUUGCACAGCCGCUCCCACUGGUGAGCACCCGUGAAUCAAGAGCUUUAGGAGAUUUCUACGAACCUAUCGAUGACCUGUACAGAGGUAGAGACUCCGUUGCUCAAGUGAAGCACAACUACCUUGCUUAUCUCGUCAAGGAGCAUUAACCACCAUCACGUGCGUUCCACCACAGUGCGCGGCGCUUUCAGGUGCGCUUCUGCGGCCGUCUGGAACGCUCUUCCUUCCGAUAUUAGGGAGCCACUGGAGCUACGCACUCAUCAAUCAUCUAGGUUGAAA